AUGAAUGUUAUAGAACAGUUCAAAGCUACGGCUCUGACCCUGAGCAAGCUACCGGCAUCCUUCAUAGAGACGAAUCUUUCCGAAAAUGGACAAGUGCCCCCGGAUCAUUUGCAAAGCAUCACCCGGCAACCGUUUGGUUCCAGUAACGUGUACAAAACUAGCAUCCUACACUAUCGCGUCCUGGCGGAAGGAGAUGAUGUGAAAACCGUGUACGAAGCAUCCAUAAAGCUUCCACCGAACAUGGAAGAGGAGUACUUUCCUGGUGACGCAAUCGGCAUUCUGACGUAUAAUCUGAGCAGUGAGGUGGAUUACGUCCUCGAUCGAAUGCACCUGCUGGAGUCGGCCGACCAAACGUUUGAGGUGCGGCUUGCAAAACCCGUGAAGAAGAAAAAUCCGGAACUUCCGCACUACGUUCCUAAGUUUGUGACCCCCCGUCGGCUGCUAUCUGAGUGUUUGGAUAUUCGAAUCACUCCACGCAAGGGACUGUUACAGGCCAUGGCCAGCUAUACGAGCGACGAAUGCGAAAAGCGUUUGCUUGAAAUCUUGGCUUCGAAAGAAGGGUCGAACCUCUACAAUGAGCUAAUCCUGAAGAACGAGAUGAACUUUUUGCAGAUGCUCAAAUUUGUAACAUCUUGCAGACCACCGUUGGCCAUGCUAAUUGAGCACUUCCCACGCUUGCAAGCUAGACCCUACUCGAUCGCGAGCUACGGCCGCGAGAAUCACAUUCGCAUUGCUUUCGCCAUGCUUAACGAUGGGAAGGUCGGUAUUACGACGCAUAUGCUUGAAAGCAAGCUGCUUCAUCCGGGCAAAUGGGACAAGCACUUGUACGUCUACCUGCGACAACUAAAACCGGUCUUUCACUACCGCGAAGAGGAUCUCGACAAGAACAUCAUUAUGAUCGGUCCCGGUACCGGUGUAACUCCGUAUCUGGGUUUUCUUGAGUAUCGUAAGCACGCGAAGGCUUCUAAUCGGAAGAUAAAAAUGGGAUCAGCCUGGCUGUUUACCAGCUGUCGGUACCGAAACCGCAACUAUCUGUACGAGGAUGAGCUGAAGGGUUAUAUGCAAGGCGGGGUACUGGAUAAAUUGCACGUGGCUUUUUCUCGCGACGCAGGCAGUCAGUACAAAUACGUCCAGGACAUAAUCGAGGACAAAAAGGAAGAACUUGUGGAGCUGCUGCUCGAUGAUUCUACCAAGCUAUACCUCUGUGGCGAAGGGCGCACAAUGCUGCCCCGCAUUCAAGACACCAUAGUGACGUGUAUGAGCAAAGUAAAAGGAAUACUAAAAAGUGAGGCCGCCGACCUACUGACAGAGUACAGAAAGACGGGCAAAUACCUGUAUUAUUCUAUGAUACGAUACUGAUAGGGAGCCAGCUUAACGAUUGUGAAAGAAGAAAUUAUAUUUAUAGCUGAGGUCGGCUAGAUUUUAAUAAACAAAUUCGGACGUAUUGCUAU